UUACUUUAAUAAUUUUUAAAUUAAAAAUAAUAAAAUAUCUCAAUGAGUUAAAGUGUUGUCCAUUCAAGAUAGCAAUCAAAAAAUCAAAAAUAGCUCUAAACACUAAAAAAGGAAAAAUCUAAAGGAGAUUUGGAUAGCAGAGAUCUUUGCUACUCUCCACAAAACAAAUGCUACUCUUUAAUUAAAAGAUUUCAUAAAAAGUAACCAGAUAAUUUUGAAAAUUCACACUUAAAGUAUUUGCAGAAUGGAAUCAAAGAUAUAAGUAAAAGAAAUAUUAAUUUUUAGAUGAAAGCUAAUGAAAGUAAUUAAAUCUAACACUAAGAUAGAAUAAAUUUGCACAAAAGAUUUACAGAUCCUUAUUUGAAGGAAGAAUAUAUAGAAUAGCAUCUUAGCGACAAUAGUAAAAGCAGGUUAAAAGAUUAAUAUGUGAACUCUAAUUUAAUAUAAUAAAAGUAAAAUGCCAAUUAAUAUUAUCCAAAAUAAGGAUCUGUGAAGCCAAUAAGGACUAUUUGUUUGAAUUUAUAUGAAACAUAAGAACAGUAAGAUUAAAGUUUUUAAUUAAGUAACAGAAGAGAUACAUAAUAAUAGGAAAGUAUACUAUAAUCCAGUAACUUAGAGUUAAGUCAAUUAAACAAAAGCGUUUAAAACCAGCAAAUUAUAAGUAACCAAUAAAUCAAUUUGGGGAAAGUGUAAUUUAUAACUAAUUCAUCCACAACUUAACUAUCUAACUCAACAAGGUUUAGUCCAAGGUAGGGUAUAAAUUUUAUCUCUUAAAAUAGUUAAUAGAGUAUUAAGUAAUGUUCGAAAGAGUAAUCAGAAAAUACUAUAGCUUGUGGUAAUUUAUUUGGUUUUCCUGAGAGCAGUGAAUCAGAUUUGAAUUAAAACGACUCAACAAUUACAACACCAACAAAAUACUAAUAAUUUUAUGAAGGAUAAUACAAUUUAGGUAAAAACCUACCUCAGCAUUCUAAACCUUAGCAAAAAAAUUAGCCUAAUGUUCAAUCUAAUUCUUCUUUUAAUAAGAAUAAUUAUCAAAUAUCUACAACACCAAAAAUUUUGAAAAAAAAUAAUCAGUAAAUACAAGAUAAAUCCACAAACUAAAGUUCUUAGAAAGAAAAGUGUCAUUUAGCGAAUAAUUCUGAACAUUCAAUUAAUGCUAAUAACAGUCUCAAUUCAUCAAAAGUAAAUCUAUGCUUUUAUUUGAAGGGGACUGGAGGAAAAUAAGUAUGCUCUCCUAAUUAAUUUUCACUAAUAAACAGUAAUAUAAAUUCAAGAAAAAGCUCAAAUUAAAUAAAUAGCUGCGAUUCUCAUUAAAUUUUUGGGGUUAACCUGAUAAUACAAGAUAAUGUUAAAGAAAAUAAGUGUAAAAAUUAAAUGAAGAAUUCAAGGAAAAAUAGCUUGAGUAAAAAUAAAAGUAAUAUAACUUAUUCAAAUGAUCUUCAAGGAACUCCAAAAUAAUCCCCAAAUUAAAUGAACAAAUAAUAACAAUAGUAAAAUGGUAUUCCUCUUAUAACAAAAUUUAAUAAAAAUAACUAAUACUCUUAACAUACUUCAUUCACAUAAUUACAAAAUAAAAUAAAAUCGUUCGAAGUUUAACCUGAAGAGUUUAUAACAAGUAAAAAUAGCUAAUAGACUUAAAUUAAUUAAAAUGGCUAGAAAAAUUUAAAUUCUAGUAAAAUUCUUUCAGCGACAAAUUAACAGUAAACCAACAUAACUAAUGUAAAUUAUACUUAAAUAAACUUAAAGACACCUGAUAGUCUCAUCCAGUCAUGCAAUAUGAAUGCAUAAAGAAUAACACAUUUUCCAAAUCUUGAACAAAAUUAUUAAAAUCUUAAAAAAGAUGUUAGAGAAAGAGAUAGGAGUUAAACAUAUACAUUAGAUAGUUAAAUAAGGUAAAGAUCAGCAUCAAGGGGACAUAUAUAAAUUUAAAAUAGUAAACCUUCAACACAGAAUUCUCAAUAAUUAUUAAAUAAAAGUUAAUUAAAAUUAAACUAAUCAAGCAGUUAACUAAAUUUAUCAACAGCAAACAGGACUACUUCUUAGUCUAUCAUUCCUUCCUAGUAUAGUGCUUUUAACUUUCAGCCAUCAUUCUUUACUCCUAUAGAUAAUGAUUCUCUACAAGGAUUUAUAUAAAAAUAAACAACAAGAAAUAAUUCUCAAGUUAAUGAAUAAAAUUAAUAGCAAAGCUAAUAAUUCUUUACAAAACAAAAAUCUUGCACUCAAUUUGAACUAUAAACAAUUACAAGUUUUGUUUAGUUAGAAGAAGAGAUAGAAAAGAAUGCUAAGCAAUAGUAAAUAUUAGAAUAGCAAAAGAAGGCUAAAUACCUCUUUUGA